UGCUUUGUCAGUGAAACCUGUAGCUUCUCUUAGUUUAAGCAGUAUACGUAUUUGUAUUAGAGUCAGGUUGUAAUUUGUCACUGUGACAGCUACUUUGACUACUGGGGGAAAGGAACACAAGUCACCGUAACUUCUGCCACUUCAACGGCGCCAACCGUGUUUCCUCUGAUACAAUGUGGUGCCGAAGAUACAGAAAUGAUCACACUUGGCUGCCUGGCCACCGGCUUCACUCCCUCCUCACUGACUUUCUCAUGGACCAAAAACAACGCGGCCUUGACCAACUUCAUCCAGUAUCCUCCAGUGCAGAAAAACAACUUGUACUCGGGAGUCAGUCAAAUCCAAGUGAGAAAACAGGACUGGAACCAAAGUGAAACGGUCAAAUGCUUGGUGACUCACGCUGCUGGGAACGCAGAGGCUCCUAUCGUGAAGCCACAAACUCCACAGAUUGUCCCACCAAAAAUCUCGCUGCACUCAGUUUGGGAAGGUGAAGUUGGGAACUCACAAGUUCAUCUCAUCUGCACCCUGAGUGGCUUCUUUCCAGACGAAGUGAGCGUCGAGUGGCAACGGGACAGCCAACGUAUCAACAUUAGACCUGUCUCAAGGAAGCUGCAGAGUGUGGAGGAAGGCGAGAAAACCUUCACUUUGAGUAGCGAGAUUGAGCCUAAUAUAGAAGAAUGGAAGAAAGGCUCAAGUUUCACAUGCAAGUCCACACACAAAGGAAAGGAAUUCAGCAAAACAUUAAGUAUUUGUCAAACUCAUUCAAGCUCCCCUCCAUCCAUCCAUGUGGAGACUCCCAGCUUCAAGACUGUAAUGUCAACAUUUGAGGUGACAGCCACAUGUUUGGUUCACACUGUUUUUGAUGCCAAGGUCACCUGGAUGUUGGAUGGAAGAGUCUCAAGUAGCAACACAGUGAGCGAGGACAGAAACACAACUCAUAUCACCAGUAAUGUGAGGGUUUCCUCCAAUCGGUGGAAGCAACUGAGGCGUGUGACCUGCAAGGCAGAACAUAAGUGUUUCUUAAACACUGAAAAGACAGUAAAUGUUGCAGGGCCUGAAGUUGCAACUCCAUCUGUGGAGAUCAGGAGAUCUCUUCCAGAUUUGUUGAAGGGAGACGGUGCUGUUCUCCAGUGUGACAUCACAAAUCUCUCCUCUCGUGACCUCUACGUCACCUUUCAGGCCAAUGAUGUCGACAUCUCUGACAAACAAUAUGUAGAACUUCCUGAAGGCCCAGGCCUCCAGUCAGUCAGCAGACGCUUCACUGUCCCUCAGAGUCACCAGAGGAAAGACAAAAGUUUCACCUGCAAAGUGAAUCAAGGCUUCAUCAGAAGCUUUAAAUCUGAUUCCACAGGCAAUAUUUUUGUGGACCCAUCAGUGGAACUUCUUCUGGCUCCCAGUGAAGAUUCAGGACCUCAGACACUCUUGUGUUCUGGAUGGGGCUUCAACCCUCAAAUUAAAUGGGUUUCUGAAUCACAGCCAAGAUCUCCAUCAACUCAUGAUAUCAGCAUGUCUGCAGAUGGACGUGUGGCAGUAACCAGUCAACUCCAGAUCCCUCAGACAGAGUGGAAAUCAGGGAAGGUCUUCAGUUGUGAAGUGUCUGACAGAUCUCUGAACAAGAAAGUCCAAAAGGACAUCAGCUUCUGCUCAGCUCAUUCAAGCUCCCCUCCAUCCAUCCAUGUGGAGACUCCCAGCUUCAAGACUGUAAUGACAACAUCUGAAGUGACAGCCACAUGUUUGGUUCACACUGUUUUUGAUGCCAAGGUCACCUGGAUGUUGGAUGGAAGCGUCUCAAGUAGCAACACAGUGAGCGAGGACAGAAACACAACUCAUAUCACCAGUAAUGUGAGGGUUUCCUCCAAUGACUGGAAGCAACUGAGGCAUGUGACCUGCAAAGCAGAACAUAAGUGUUUCUCAACCACUGAAAAGACAGUAAAUGUUGCAGGACCCGAAGUUGCAACUCCAUCUGUGGAGAUCAGGAGAUCUCUUCCAGAUUUGUUGAAGGGAGACGGUGCUGUUCUCCAGUGUGACAUCACAAAUCUCUCCUCUCGUGACCUCUACGUCACCUUUCAGGCCAAUGAUGUCGACAUCUCUGACAAACAAUAUGUAGAACUUCCUGAAGGCCCAGGCCUCCAGUCAGUCAGCAGACGCUUCACUGUCCCUCAGAGUCACCAGAGAAAAGACAAAAGUUUCACCUGCAAAGUGAAUCAAGGUUUCAUCAGAAGCUUUAAAUCUGAUUCCACAGGCAAUAUUUUUGUGGACCCAUCAGUGGAACUUCUUCUGGCUCCCAGUGAAGAUUCAGGACCUCAGACACUCUUGUGCUCUGGAUGGGGCUUCAACCCUCAAAUUAAAUGGGUUUCUGAAUCACUGCAAAGAUCUCCAUCAACUCAUGAUAUCAGCAUGUCUGCAGAUGGACGUGUGGCAGUAACCAGUCAACUCCAGAUCCCUCAGACAGAGUGGAAAUCAGGGAAGGUCUUCACUUGUGAAGUGUCUGACAGAUCUCUGAACAAGAAAGUCCAAAAGGACAUCAGCUUCUGCUCAGCUCAUUCAAGCUCCCCUCCAUCCAUCCAUGUGGAGACUCCCAGCUUCAAGACUGUAAUGUCAACAUCUGAGGUGACAGCCACAUGUUUGGUUCACACUGUUUUUGAUGCCAAGGUCACCUGGAUGUUGGAUGGAAGAGUCUCAAGGAAUAACACUGUGAGCGAGGACAGAAACACAACUCAUAUCACCAGUAAUGUGAGGGUUUCCUCCAAUGACUGGAAGCAACUGAGGCGUGUGACCUGCAAAGCAGAACAUAAGUGUUUCUCAACCACUGAGAAGACAGUAAAUAUUGCAGCACCGGUUUAUCAGCUGCCAACUGUUAAAGUGUGUUCGUCCUCUGAUGAGGAAGACGAACUUUCCUUCUCCUGCGUUGCCAAAGAUUUUUCACCAGAAAGUUAUGAGAUCAAAUGGUUGAAAGACGGAAAUGAAGUCACUGGCAAAAAAGACGAGAUCACAGCACUUCCAGGACAAAGACGAGACAGCAAUGGUAACACCUUGUACAGUGCCUCAAGUUUUCUCUCAGUACAGGCCACAGAGUGGAAUCCUGGGACAACAUUCACAUGUGUGUUUAAGGGGAAAGGGGAGAACAAUAUUGAAGUAUUUAAGAAUGCUUCUGUGACCUACAAAGACGAACUACCAACGGGCAAUGUGGGAUGUAAGGAAGCAGAUGUGGAUGUAAAUAUCUUACCCCCCACAGUCGAGGACAUGUUUCUCAGAAGAAAAGGAACUGUAAUAUGUCAAGUCCAGGUACACAGGGGAACAGUUGGGAAAAUACUGUGGCAGGAUGAGAAUAAAACUGACAUGGCUGGAGCAUUUAAGGUCCCAACUAAAGGAAAGAAAGGCACAUUCAGCCUUCCACUUGAAAUCACAUAUGAUGAAUGGGCCGAGGGGAAAAAGCGCCACUGCAUUGUUGAAAGUGAAGACUGGUAUGACACCCUGACAAAAACCUAUGAGAGGAAUAUUGGAGCAAAACCUCAGCGUCCUUCGGUGUUUAUGCUGCCUCCUGUAGAACAAACUAGAAAAGAAAUGGUGACCCUGACUUGCUAUGUGAAAGACUUCUACCCUAAAGACGUUUUCGUGUCUUGGCUUGUUGAUGACGAGGAAGCAAACUCAGAUUUUGAGUUCAAUACCACAAGCUCAGUAGAAAGCAACGGAUCCUAUUCUGCUUAUGGCCACUUAACCCUCACCCUCGAGCAGUGGGCAAAGCCUGAUGCGGUGUAUAGCUGUGUAGUUUACCACGAAUCCCUGGGCAACACAACCAAAACCAUUGUCAGGUCCAUUGGAUACAGAACAGGUGACAAAACCAACCUGGUCAACCUCAACAUGAACGUCCCCGAAACGUGCAAGGCCCAGUAGAUGUUAUGUCAUGUCGCAGUGUCUCCUGUUCUUUGUUGUUUACUGUGUGUUGUUUGUGAUAUGAUGUUGUGUUUGUGUGUUUUUAAUGCAGAUUCAAAAUCAAAAUAAAAAAAAAACUUUGCAACUC